UAACCAUACAUGCAGAUUUAUGUUUAUGAUCAAUAAUGCACCCAAUCUUCUGGAUUCGCCCCUGCCAACGUAUCAUUAUUUGUUAACAUUUUUUUUCUACCCAUUUACCGCUUUUCUAAUCAAUCAAACAGAAGUACCCAUCUACUCUUGUUCUUGAUUAAUUUUGGGAAACCAGUUUUCAAAGGAAGGUCAGGAGGUGAAGAAUUUAUAUGUAAAAACUCUAAUAAGCUACGUUGGAACUAUACCAACUAUUUUAUUAAUUUAUAGAGUUUAUUUUUUUUUAAUUUAUUUUUUAGAUUUAUAUCGAAAACAUAAAUAAUAAAUAUUUUUUUAAAGGUCUUAAAAAUGGAGAGUAUCUCACGGAAGUUUCUACCCUUCCAGCAACAAAAAAAGCAGAAGUAAAACAGCGGACGUAAAUAAUUUUAGGUUGCUUUGGCAUGCACAUUAAUAUAUGAUAAUAAACUCAGUUCUCUAACUCAAUUACCCUAAAGAAAACAAAAACAAAACACUUAUGAAGAUAUGAUCGUUGACUUUUGACGGUGGAGAUUCAAUUAGUAAACUUCCUCUACAACGACCAAGAGACUGAUCAAACAGUGAAGUGCUAAAUAAUUCAUCCUUUUCCCAUGUCGACAAAACUAAAGCGUGUUAUUAUGAGUUGACUUAGUCAGCUUUUUUUGCAAUUUGAUGAAAGACGUGAGUGAGUUUUUGACCACUUCAUCAUUCUUGUCAUUUUUCUCUCAACUUGCUUUGCCGAAUCAUUUUGCACCUUACAAAAUUUCUCGUCGAUCAUAUUAUUCGAUUCAUACUAGUAUUUGACUUUUGAAAUAUAGUUCCUAUAAUCUCAAACUCAUACGCAUUGCUUGCUAUCUCAAAAAUAAAAUAGAUCUCUCCAAAGUGGAGAGUGAGGAAAAAAAAUGGAGAGACAUUGUGUGUUCAUUGCUACUUUCAUGCUGAUACUUCAUCUUGUUCAAGCUCAAGAUUCAACCGGGUUCAUCAAUGUGGGUUGCGGUUUACCCCCUCAUGAGUCUCCUUACAACGCACUCCCAACCGGUUUAUCAUAUACAUCAGAUAUCGGUUUAGUUAACACUGGUAAAACCGGUCAAAUCGCCAAGGAGUUUGAGCCCAACUACACUAAACCGUUAACGACACUGAGAUAUUUUCCAGAUGGAGUACGUAACUGCUACACUCUCAAUGUCACACGCGACACCAAGUACCUGAUCAUGGCCAAGUUCGUAUAUGGAAACUACGAUGGUCUUAAGACCGACCCAAACUUUGACCUUUACUUCGGUCCGAAUAUUUGGACAACCGUGUCUAAAAAUGAUACUAGAGAGGAGAUCAUUCAUGUGACGAAAUCUAAUUCUCUACAGGUAUGUCUUGUUAAGACAGGAACAAGUAUACCUUUCAUAAAUAUCUUGGAGCUACGACCAUUGCGGAGUACUGCGUACGUUACUCAAAGCGGCUCGUUGAAGUACUUAUUCAGGGUGUACCUUAGCAACUCCCGUCUUGGUAUACGGUAUCCAGAUGAUAUCUAUGAUAGAGCAUGGUUUCCAUACUUCGACGAGAAAUCAUGGACACAAGUAACAACGAAUCUAACAGUAAACAUUACCAAUAAUUAUGAGUUACCACAAGGGGUAGCAGCAACGGGCGCAACACCUCUAAACGAUGCCGAGACAUUAAACAUUACAUGGGACGUGGAGCCUCCUACUGCAAAGUUCUACACCUACAUGCACUUUGCAGAGCUUCAGACUCUACGAGCCAACGAUACAAGGGAAUUCAACACGACUAUGAAUGGAAAAUAUUCAUAUGGACCUUAUACUCCUACACCAUUAAAAAUCGAAACAGUACUCGACGUAAAACCAGAGGAAUGUGAUGAAGGGGCAUGUCUUUUGCAGCUUGUGAGGACAUCCAAAUCAACUCUUCCUCCUCUACUUAAUGCUAUUGAGGCUUUCACUGAGAUUAAUUUCCCGCAAAUGGAGACAGAUGGAGAUGAUGUUUACGGUAUCAAGAAUGUUCAAGAUAGUUAUGGACUGGAUAGAAUCAGUUGGCAAGGAGACCCAUGUGUGCCCAUACAGUUUUUGUGGGAUGGUCUAAAUUGCGAUAACUCUGAUAAUUCUACUCCACCAAUAAUAACUUCCUUAAACUUAUCUUCAAGUGGACUAGUUGGGACUAUCACACAAGCAAUUCAAAACCUUACUCACCUGGAAAAGUUGGACUUGUCAAAUAACAAUUUGACCGGAGAAAUACCUGAAUUUCUUGCUGAUAUAAAAUCACUUUUGUUCAUAGACUUAAGUGGUAAUAAUAUCACUGGCUCAGUCCCUCCCUCAAUUCUUCAGAAGAAAGGAAUGAAGUUAAAUGUCAACAACAACCCUCAUCUUCUUUGCCCUGCUGGUUCAUGUGUGAACAACGGAGGGGAUAAACAUAAGAAAAAGAGUAUCAUUGUACCCGUGGUUGCAUCGGUUGCUUCACUAGCCGUUCUUAUUGGAGCAUUCAUCAUGUUCCUUGUUCUCAGAAAGAAAAAAGCGUCAAAACUUGAAGAUGGAAGAUCAUCUCAACAGGCAAUAAUGACAAAGAAUAGAAGAUUUACUUACUCAGAAGUUAUGACAAUGACAAAUAACUUCCAAAGAGUCCUCGGUAAAGGAGGGUUUGGAAUCGUGUAUCAUGGUGUUGUGAAUGGUACAGAACAAGUAGCUGUUAAGAUUCUUUCCCAUUCAUCAUCUCAAGGAUACAAACAAUUCAAAGCUGAGGUAGAACUUCUUCUUAGAGUUCAUCACAAGAAUUUGGUUGGUCUUGUUGGAUAUUGUGACGAAAAUGAUAAGUUGGCUCUCAUUUAUGAAUACAUGGCCAAUGGAGAUUUAAAAGAACAUAUGUCAGGAACACGUAACCGCUUUCUUUUAAAUUGGGGAACUAGACUAAAAAUAGUCAUCGACUCUGCACAAGGACUUGAGUAUUUGCAUAAUGGAUGUACACCACCAAUGGUUCAUAGAGACGUCAAAACCACAAACAUACUGUUGAAUGAACAUUUUGAGGCCAAACUUGCUGAUUUUGGACUUUCAAGGUCAUUUCCAACUGAAGGUGGAACUCAUGUGUCAACAGUUGUUGCUGGAACUCCUGGAUAUCUAGAUCCCGAAUACUAUAGAACAAACUGGUUGACAGAGAAGAGUGAUGUUUAUAGUUUCGGAAUAGUAUUGUUGGAGAUCAUCACAAACCGACAUGUGAUCGAUCAAAGCCGUGAAAAGGCACAUAUUGCAGAAUGGGUGGGAUUAAUGCUUAUAAAAGGAGAUAUAAUAAGCAUUAUGGAUCCAAGUCUAAAUGGAGAUUAUGAUUCUGGUUCUGUGUGGAAAGCUGUUGAACUAGCAAUGUCUUGUCUGAAUCCUUCUUCAACGAGAAGGCCUACCAUGAGUCAAGUUGUUAUUGGAUUAAAAGAGUGUCUUGCAUCUGAAAACUCAAGAGGAGGAGCGAGUAGGGAUAUGGACUCAAAGAGUUCAAUAGAAGUGAGCUUGACCUUUGAUACUGAUGUGAACCCAACAGCUCGGUAGAUUACAUGAAAAAUUAUUAUAAGGCACCACAUGAGUUUCUCUGUUUGUUGUGUCUGUUUUGUGUAACUAUCUUCAGACUCGUAUGUUUCCACAGGCACUCACAUUCUCUUAUUAUAAAAGUGUAAAUCAAUACUAUUACCUAUUCAUCAAGAUUCCAGUUUCUGUA